UCAUCACCCCUGCACCCGAAUCCAUGAUGCGCCGCCAUGCCGCCGAAGCAUAUCGCUCAGACCUCGACCGAAGCGAAGAAGGCCUACAAAAAGAACGGGCCCGUCAUCUCCGAACGUACACAUAAGCAGCUGCAGCGCGGUCAUGAACUCGAGCAACGCGCGGCGCGCGAGCGCGAAGCAGAGACGAGGCGCAAAUUAGCCAAGGAGAGACGCGAAGAGAGAGAGCGCAAGGAAACGACCAUAAGGGAACAGCUAGGCAUCGGUCUGGCGACGCAGAGAAUUGGAUACAGCCACACACAGGCAAAUUUGAAGAAGGGGAUGGAAGCGUUCUUGGGCAUCAGUAAGAAGAAGCAGGACAACGAACGGCGGAGGAAAGAGCAGAAACAGGAGGAAGAAGAGCUCGCCAAGAAGCUGGAGGUCAACGAGCAGGAUGUCAAGAAGGAGCCGUUUGACGAUGACGAUGACGAUGACAUGGACGACGCAAUGCUAGACUUGCCAAUCGCCGCUGUGCAAGACGGAGGCGGCUGGGUGGAUGACGAGCUAGAUGACGACACCCUUCUCGAGAUACAUGACCUUGUCAUGUCAGAUCCUGUCGACCAGCCUGUCCACAAAUCGAUAUUCGUCCCUCCACGUCGGGCGACAGUACCGCCAACGUCACAUAAGCAAAGUCCGCCGAAGUCUCAGCACUCCCGGUGCAAUCUCCCUGCGCAAAUGGCGGCUCCACAGUCGGCGAAACUAGGUAGCGUUAAGGAGGAUAGUGAGUUCACUCGCACACAUGGGCCGAUAAACAAGAUGGUGGAAUCAGCGCUGAAGAAGAUACCCGGCGAGAUCAUCGAGCUUUUGUCUCACGAUGCAGCUGCAUCUAUGUCAGACUGGGCGCCGGCGUAUGGACUACUCCACAAGCUCAAUGCAAUUGGGCUACCACCGCAUAGGCUACGCAUCAAAGUAGGGUGUGUGAUGACAUGUCUUUGGGACUUGAAAUCAAGCAGCCAGCUGUCUAAGAGUCAGCAUGUGCGGGUUCUGCGGGUGGAAAACGACCGGCUCGAGUGUCUCACACUAGAUGGCCAGCUUACAGGUACGAAGACGGUCAUUACUCGUGUACCCUUCCCAGCGAAGUACCGCAACGAUGAGAAGUUCCCUUUCAUAAGAACCCAGUAUCCUGUACGUGUUGCUGCCGAUUACGCACCAGCAGACUUUCUGAGAAAGGUUCCACAAUCCGGCUUCAAGCCACCCUCGAUCAAUGGGCAAAUGCGGCUGCCUAGUCUAGUGAAGAGGCCGAAUCCACCUUCGACCAAAUCAAGAGCUCAGGUCAGUAAAAAUACCGACUUCAAGCUCCCGGGACUGCCAGCGCCCAAGGGACAAACUUUAGUCAGGUCGGAACCUCUGGCACCUGUGCAGUUCAACUUCCCUGCCGCAUGUACGCUUGAUGGCUGGGACUACUUUCUAGAGAGUAGCACACAGAUUGCACGCGAAAUUUCGGCGGACUCCACGCCGAAGACCAUUACGCAGCCGUCGACAAUCAUCGAAUCGGUACCUCCGCUUUCGACACAAGAUCUCAACUUCUCGCUGGACGAUUUGGACGAUGAGCCACAACAGCCACAACGGAAGCCACAACAAAUAUUCAAACCACAGUCACAACCACAGCCACCAACUGUGCAAGACACAGGAAUGACGAAAAGCGCGAAAUCCACCGUCAACCUUCCGCUCUUAACUGUGAAAGCUGCUGUACCAAACAGAACAUUGAAACCACCGCCCUCGGUUCCACGUGGACCCUUAUCACGGACAGCGAACAUACGCAGGGUUUGUGUCAAGUCACAAAGCAUGCAACCUCCUGCACUUUUUCCGCAGAAGUCUGUCCAGCCAAGAUCGAAGAGACCUAUGGCCCCACCACCGAAGCCUUUACCACCCGCGAAAAAAGCUUGUAUAACCCCGUCUGCUCCAAUUGUCCCACCUUCCCUUUCAACGACUCCGCUCACGACUAUGAAUACGGCAACGGCCUCAAGACGAUUCAGCGACUUCGGCAUGUCCACACAAGAGGCUAGUUCGUUUUUUGACGACGAUGAUGAAUCUGCGUUUGGGUCCCCGCCUAUCGCCGUAUGAGAGGACGAGUCUCGCUGCACUUGGUUACAUUCUUCCCCACACUGUUUCUAGAUUUUGGAUAUACCCCCCAUUACGACGGCGUUCGCUCUUCAAUCGAACUUGUGCUGUUCUCCAUAAUUUCCUAUGCUGCGAGUCUUGGUGCAGCCUGGAAAGUAACAGAUUAGGCCUUCC